GAAGGGUCCAGCAGUUGAUCGCUGUGCAUGCAGAUCGUACGGUUGUUUGCGUUUCUGAGCGUGGAGUUGGACGUUUCGGUAGCUCACGUCACAGCGAUGUAUCUUUCGUGGAGCACUGGUGGGCUGCUGGUGGCCCUGGUCGUCAUGACCGUCGUUGCUUGGCUUCAGCGCAGACGCCAGCAGAUGGGUUUGUUCAAACGGUAUGGUAUACCUGGGCCUGAACCAAGCAGCGUCAUCUUUGGAAACUGGAAAGAGUUCCGGAGGGACCCUCUAGAGGUAGUAACAGAAUGGAUACGAAAGUAUGGGAAGUUCUUCCGGUUCUACGUCGGUGAAAUGCCGUACAUCGUACUGGCGGACUUGGAUAUGGUCAAGCAGUGCUGUGUCGCAGAAGGGCACGUUUUCCGGGAUAGAAUGCCAAUGGUACUGGAAGUGGAAACCUUCAAUACUAGUUUGGUGGGACUCAAAGGUGAUAAAUGGAAGAAAGUACGCAGCGUCAUGAACCCAAGUUUCUCAGCCGUCAAGAUUAAAGUGAUUUCCAAGAUCAUGAAUGACUGCGUGGACAUCAUGCUGGCGAAACUGGACGAGCGGCUGUGCAGCAACGAGACAGCUGUAGAUGUGUCGGUGAUGGCUCAAGGGCUAACAAUGGAUGCCAUCGCUAAGUCGGUUCUGGCUUGGGAGCCUGAUUCCCAGCGGAACCCAGAUGACCCCUUCGUGAGCAGCUUGAGGAAGACGCUGACCGAGGCGGACACGCUCAUUCUCAACAUUGCCAUCGCCUUUCCGCCCUUCCGAACUCUGGUCCGCUGGGUCUUUCCUUACGUCACGUACGGCAAGGUUUUCGCACUUAUUUCAAGACGAUUACACGACGUGAUACGCGCUCGACGAGCGGAGCCUAAUGUACGGCAUUUCGACAUGCUGCAGCUGAUGCUGGACGAACAAGCGAAGAACAAUCGCCGCGAGAGCCAUGGCGACAAAGGCCGCGGCAACUGCGCGGAAAAUGGAGAGGCCUGUGACUUCACCAUCACGGACGAGCACAUUGUUUCCAAUUGCUUCAUCUCGCUGGCCGCGGGCUUCGAGACGACGGCCUGCACGUUAGCGCUCGUCUUAAACGAACUGGCACGCGCACCGCAGGAGCAGGAGAAGCUGUACGUCGAGCUCUCCUCCGCGUUUCCGGGGGGCGUCGAGCGACACGUCGGUUACGACGAGCUCCAGAGCCUAAAAAGGAUGGACAUGGUGGUGAGCGAAGCGUUGCGCAAAAACCCACCGCUCGUACUCUUCACGACGAGAAUGUGCAAUGAAGAAAUAACGGUCUUGGGUCACACGAUACCCGCCGGAUCGCGCCUCGUAGUCCCCAAGUGGAGCAUCCACCGUGAUCCGGAACUCUGGCCGGAACCUGAAAAGUUCGACCCGGAGAGAUUUAACCCGGACAACGAAUGCGAGCGGCACCCGGCGUCAUACAUUCCGUUCGGCAUCGGGCCCCGCCAGUGCAUGGGCAGAAAGUUCGCUCUGCUGGAACUUAAAACUGCGCUGUGCAAGUUGAUCCUCAAGUACGAAUUCUCAUUGUGCCCAGGCAACGAGGAGGGCGUAAAGCUGAAAGUUCCUCUGAUAACAAUAUGUCCUACUAAGAACGUAGUGCUGAACGUGAAAUUGAGGAAUCGUGUUGCUUGAAAAGUUCCAAUGAUUGCUUAAUGAGACCCUGCAGCAUAUUUCGAACAUGGUGAGAAAACGUUACCAACCGGUGGUCAAGGGUCGAGGCUCCCCUGAACUUCUGAGCAAAAUAUUAUAGCACAGUACGCGGCAUGGAAGUUCUAAUUCCGUUUCAAGGACGGCUAGAAAUCGUUCACUCGUGGCAAAUUCCAUAAAAUGGCCCGGCUACGGCGUAGGCGGACAGCCUCCCACUGCCAUUGGCGGAUUGAGCGUGCGUGUGCUGUACAGGCAUUGCGGCCGCCUUGGGGUGCCGCUGUAUACCCUCACCGCGGUCUCGUACGGGGCUAAAAUCACACACUAUAAAAUUGAACGCGUUGAAACAGAAAAAGAAGCGCUCAACAUUAUGACGCGCGCUGAUGUGACUUCUUGUUCCUCCUAAUCGUCUAGCCCCUCCCCAUUCCCCCUACUAAAGCCAUCUUUGAGCGCGCUGGUUGAAACGAAAGGAGAGAGACAGCGCUUAAAUUGUGAGAUAAACCAUUGUAACUCCGCUCCUGCUUUGCGGACUCAAGAAUGUUUGCGGAAAAUCAACUCGUGACACAAUAAACUCUCAUAGUAAUGUCAUUCGAUGGACUACUCGGAAAAGUGU